CGGCAAGAUGGCGUUCGACGGAGAAGACUUAUUGUGGUUAUGAUAGUACUUUGUUCUUAAUCCGUACGUACAUGUACACAUAUAUGCUGUUUAAUAUCGUUAAUAUUUGUUUGUGUCGGAUAAAUUAGUCUUUGCGGCUCCUCGUGUUAGCUUAGCGUGCUAGUUAGCAUAGCGUGUUAGCUGCUAACAAAGAGAGGCGGAAGUGAUCAAAACACAUCGCUAAGCAGAGAUCAAGUGUGAGUGUAAAGUGUUGUGAUUGUGUGAAAAUGUGCGAAAGAACGAUAGCAGAGUACGAGGAGGAACUACUGGACGCUGUUUUCGAAGAAUAUGAAGUUUUGUCACAAAGAACAGACCAGCAGCCCCCCCACAUUAAAGAGGAAGAGGAGGAAGUGUUGAUCAAUCAGGAGGAAGAGUGUCUUCUAGGGCAGGAGGAGGCUGAUCUCACCAAGUUUCCACUGACUGUUGUCUCUGUGAAGACUGAAGAGCAUGAAGACAAACCACCUGAGUCCUCACAGCUUCAUCACAGUCCAAACGUCUGUGAAGAACAUAUUCUCCCUGAGCAGCAGAAGUGGAGCUUCAGGAUGGAGCAGGAGCAAGCCCCCCACUUCAAAGAAGAAGAAGAGGAGCCACAGCCCCCUCACAUUAAAGAGGAAGAUGAGGAACACAGCGUCAGUCAGGAGGAGUUUGAAGGACCGGAGGAUGACCAUGUGAUCCGUGUUAUUGUGAAGAGUGAAGGUGAUGAGGUCAAAGGUGAGAGUGAGGAGAAGAGAGAGGCGGAGCCUCCAAGCAGCAGCUCAACUCAACACAUGACAACAGAAGCUGAUGGAGACCACUGUGGAGGAUCACAAGCAGACAAGCUCUUAGCUCCACUAUCAGAUAGUGAGGACACAACGUCACACUCUCCUGACACUGAUGAUGAAGACUCUAAAGAUGAUAAGACAUGUCACACUGACAACACACACUUCACAUGUUCUCACUGCGACAAAACCUUUAAAUACCAUUGUCGUCUGAAAGACCACAUGAGAACGCACACUGGAGAAAAACCUUUUUCCUGCAUAGAAUGUGGUAAAAGCUUUCAACGAAAUGACAUGUUGAAAGAACACAUGAGAACACACACUGGAGAUAAACCUUUUUCCUGCUCAGAAUGUGGUAAAAGCUUUUGUAAAAAGGGCGUGUUGAAAGGACACAUGAGAAUACACACUGGAGAAAAACUUAAAAAAGAUAAGACAUGUCACACUGACAAUACACGCUUUAAAUGUUCUCACUGUGACCAAACCUUUAAACACCAUUGUCAUCUGAAAAGACACAUGAGAACACACACAGGAGAAAAACCUUUUUCCUGCUCAGAAUGUGGUAAAAGUUUUGCAAGGAAUGGGAAUUUAAAAGAACACAUGAGAACACACACUGGAGAAAAACCUUUUUCCUGCUCAGAAUGUGGUAAAAGUUUUGUAAAAAGUAGCCAUUUGAAAGUGCACAUGAGAAUACACACUGGAGAAAAACGUAAAGAUGAUAAGACACGUCACACUGACAACACACGCUUUAAAUGUUCACACUGUGGCAAAACCUUUAGAUGCCGUUGUGCUCUAAUAGCACACCUGCGAAAACACACUGGAGAAAAACCUUUUUCCUGUUCAAAAUGUGGUAAAGGUUUUGUACGACAUGACUACUUGAAAGUACACAUGAGAAUACACACUGGAGAAAAACUCGAUACCUGUCAAAUAUGUGGUAAAACCUUUGUAGUAAAACACCAUUUAGAAGGACACAUGACAACACACACUGGAGGAAAACCUUUUUCCUGUUCAGUAUGUGGUAGACAUUUCGCAUGGAAACGAUAUUUGAAAGAACACAUGCAACUACACACUGGAGAGAGAACAGUUUCCUGCUCAGAAUGUGGUAAAGUUUUUACACAACAAAAUAAAUUAAGAGUACACAUGAGAACACACACUGGAGAGAAAGUGUUUCGUUGCGGUGUGUGUGGGGAAAGAUUCUCUUAUAAAAAGCAUUGUGAGAAACACAAGUGUGCUGGUGAGAACAGCAGCAGCAAAUGAAGAUGCAGGAUUUGAAAUAUACUGUCAAAACUUUGUGAACUUUGACUUUCUAACAACAUCAGCACAUGUAACAUAUAAUGACUGUCUCAGAAUCCUGCUCGGAAAGCCCAUUUAAACUGAUGUUUAAAUGUAUAUGUAGACUGCAGGGGUCCAAGAAUGAUUUUAUUAUACAGAUAACCAAUCCUAGGUGUAAUUCUGUUAGGUACCAAUCCUGUAUAUGGAAACACUGGUAUCUGUGCCUUUUAUAGAA